CGAAAUAUGCCCCUCUUUUAAUAUAUUUUUUUUUGAAAUUAUUUAAAUAUAAUUUAAUCUUAGUACUUUAUUAAAAAACGAAAUUGAUUUGAACUCUAUGACUCAAGAGUAACCUGGCUUAAGUGACCGUCUUCUUCACCAUCCUUAUCCCCUUUUUGCACUAUAUAAAUACAGAGCGGCCCACGCAUCACAAAUGGCCGCACUGAGAUCGUCACUAUUGGCUACGUCUCAUAUCGCGAUUGCUGCAACUUCUACCUCAAACUCUACUUCUGGAAUCUUCCUGAAAUUCCGAUUCGGGUCGACCUUGGCCAUUUCUGCCCCUGUUUCACCGCUCUGUCGCAGAAGAUCUAGGUGCAUGGCUCACUCCAUGGCCGCCGCCCGGGAUACGCUUGGCCUCACUCGUCCCGUUCAACUCGACCACCCCAAGAUCUCACUUGCUGCAAAAGAGAUUGAUUUAGUUGAAUGGAAAGGAGACAUUCUUGCAGUGGGUGUUACGGAGAAAGACAUGACUAGAGAUGAGAACUCCAAGUUCCAAAAUUCGAUCUUGCAAAUGUUAGAUUCAAAAUUGAGUGGUUUGCUGUCAGAAGCUUCGUCCGAAGAGGAUUUUUCUGGAAAAUCUGGCCAAUCAACUGUUCUUAGACUCCCAGGCAUUGGUUCUAAAAGGAUUGGGUUAGUUGGACUUGGGUCAGCAGUUUCUUCAACCGCAGCCUAUCGGGCUCUCGGCGAGACCGUUGCUGCAGCUGCUAAAUCUGCUCAGGCAAGUAGUAUUGCUGUUGCACUUGCUUCUGUUGAAGGCCUCUCGGAGGAAUCAAAGCUCAGUACUGCCUCUGCAAUAGCGACCGGAACUGUGCUUGGGACUUUUGAAGAUAACAGGUUCAAGUCAAAGUCAAAGACCCCCACACUCAAGUCUCUCGAAAUUAUUGGUCUUGGUGCCGGGCCGGAGAUUGAAAAGAAACUCAAGUAUGCGGAAGAUGUUUGUUCGGGUGUGAUCUUUGGAAAAGAGCUUGUGAACGCACCUGCCAAUGUAGUUACCCCUGAGGUACUCGCUGAGGAGGCAAAAAGUAUUGCAGCAUUGUACAGUGAUGUUCUUACUGCAACAAUUCUAGAUGUUGAGCAGUGCAAAGAAUUGAAAAUGGGAUCAUAUUUAGGAGUGUCUGCAGCUUCUGCAAAUCCUCCUCAUUUCAUUCAUUUGUGCUACAAACCUACAACUGGAUCAGUUAAAUCCAAGCUUGCUUUAGUUGGAAAGGGAUUGACUUUUGACAGUGGUGGUUACAACAUCAAGACUGGGCCAGGCUGUUCAAUUGAGCUGAUGAAAUUUGAUAUGGGUGGUGCUGCAGCAGUUUUGGGCGCAGCAAAAGCUAUAGCGCAAAUAAAACCUGCUGGAGUGGAAAUACAUUUCAUUGUUGCGGCUUGUGAAAAUAUGAUUAGCGGCACAGGAAUGAGACCUGGAGACAUUGUCACAGCUGCAAAUGGAAAAACAAUCGAGGUUAACAACACUGAUGCUGAAGGAAGGCUUACACUUGCAGAUGCCUUAAUAUAUGCCUGCAAACAGGGUGUAGAUAAGAUCGUUGACCUUGCCACACUAACCGGUGCCUGUGUCGUUGCUCUUGGGCCUUCCAUUGCCGGGGUGUUCACGCCUAGCGACAGCUUGGCCAAGGAGGUGCUUGAAGCAGCUGAUGUCAGCGGGGAGAAGCUUUGGAGAAUGCCUAUGGAGGAGAGUUACUGGGAGAGCAUGAAAUCUGGAGUGGCUGACAUGGUUAACACCGGCGGCCGCCAAGGCGGUGCAAUCACUGCAGCUCUUUUCUUGAAGCAGUUUGUUGAUGAGAAGGUUGAAUGGAUGCAUAUUGACAUAGCGGGUCCGGUGUGGAACGACAAGAAGAAAUGCGCAACAGGGUUUGCGGUUCCUACUCUCGUCGAAUGGGUGCAGAAGAACUCUUCUUGAGAGUAUUACUAUUGGUAUUACACGACAGUGACACAGUGUGUGCUUGCUGGAGAUAAAAUGCCUCAAUGUAGCUCUGGUUGAUGGAAAAGAUGGUGUGUUUUUGUUUUUUGUUAUGAAUCAAGAACUCUUGCCAUUUUUCGAGCUGCGUUUAUGGUUCAUCAAUAAAAACAUUCUGAGCUAAUCAAGAAAUGCUGUUUCAUUCU